AUGGCAAAAGGGAAGCUGACGAGGAAGAACUGUUUGACGUCUGUGAAGUCAAGAAUUAAUCCGAAGCAUAAAUCUCGUAAAAAUUCGGUGUACAGCAGGCGCGCUGUGAAGAAGAACCAGCCUCCUAUCUCAUAUAAAGAGUCCCAUUCAAUCGGUAGAAGACAAUCAACUCAUGUACCAACGUACAACGAAAGUGGACGGCUUUACUUCGAUUUAUACGUCAAAUAUGGGCCGACUGAUUGCUUUGCUAACAAGGAAGACAAAGUGACUAAAGAAUCUAAUCACAGCUGUGGCUUUGAUUCUGAUAUUUCAGAUACUACGACUGUUGCAUGCAAUGAUGCAUCAAGUCAUUCUCCUGGAAAGAAGAAGCUCGACCUUAAGAAAAAGCGGGAACAAACGUCUAGGCGAAACCGGAAUGUUGUACAAUCGCCUCGGUCCUCCGUACUGUACACACGUCGCGAAGCAAGCUUAAAUGCUGAGGCGAAAGUAAACAUGCUUUUUGAAUCUCCGAAAGAGUGUAGAUUAAAGAGAAAAUCAUCGCCUGUUUCUUUGACUCCUAAAGUAAGAGAGGAUGUAUCCGGUCCUAUCAAUGAGAAUUCGGACUGUGCAUCUUCUCGAAGGCGAGCUUCGCGUUUGCGGAUUUCUGAUCCUCCAAUUUCUUAUUCUCCACCGAAAAAACGCCUGGCAGGUCUUAAUGCAACGGCUAUAAUUAGCGCAUUUAUGAAAUCACCUAAGCCAACACCCUCUUCUGACGCCAAACCUCGAAGGUGUGGAAAACAAUCCAAAGCUUCACCUUCUCAGUUGGCAGGCCAAGACGAUUCUCUCGUGAACGUAAAACGACAAUCUGCCUGUAUCGUAUCAUCUAAUCAGUCACAAGUCCCGAAUCACUCGAACCCUCUGACUGCUGUAGCAAUGCCAAUGCCACCACCAGCGCCAGCAGCACCGGCGCCACCGCAGCCGACAUCGUUGGCAUGUGAAUUAGGCAGUUCACAGGUACACAGCACACUUGCCCGUGAGCCACCGAAGCAAGUUGAUAGAGCAGUGUCACCAAUGCCCGAAAUGAAAUGCGACAGUGCUUCCAGCUCUGCUUGUAAUGUCCUAGUCAAGAAAACUCCUACCAAACGUGUAUCUCCUGAGAAAAAACAGGCUCCCUGCUUGUGGGUCUGGGAAGGGACACCAAACGAGAGGCCCGUUUUCGUAAAACCGGAUUCACCACCGGUGGCUCGUAUGUGCUAUCCAUCGAUGCGCCACGAGAAGGACGGCAUGGUGGUCUGUCCCGGGGACAACGUUCUCCUCUGCAGCGGACCCGAUCGCCACAGCGCUCCUCACGUUGCUAAGGUCACAGCUCUCUUUGAUAACCCUGACAAUGGCACCAAGAUGAUGGCGCUGUUGUGGUACUACCGACCGGAUAGUCUAACGCCACCGCGUCGAAGCGGUGUUGUGGAGUGUGAGUUGUUUGCCAGUCGGCACUGCGAUGUGAACCCCGUUGAUUGCAUCGACGACCGUGCUUAUGUACUCUCCGCUGCUCCCUACGCGCGCUUCAUGGCACUGGCUAAGUACAAACAGGAGGCUCGCACUCACCGCCGAUCAAUUUCUGCAGUUCCACGGAUUGCUGCUGCCACGCCUCGUGAUGCUACAGCCACUUCCACAAGUACUGAGGUCUUCGCUGGCAAUAUCUCCGAGUUUCCAGAAGACGCAAUUCCAUCUAAUGUAUUCCUCUGCCGCGCCUGGUACGACUUCCGUUCUCGCAGAGUUAUGCGUCAUUUAAAAUCGCUCAACAGCAACCUUGAUAAUGGUGGCAACAGCAACAACGGCAGUUUUAGUAACUCUAGCAAGACAUCACACCAGCAACAGCAACAACAACAGUUGGAUACCUCGAGUCCGGUCCAACCUCCGGCCGUCAACUCCUCCUGCACACUGCUGACACUUGCACCACCUUUGCUAUCACUUCCGUCCCCUCCAGUUCUUCGGCCAGAGGAAGAGGCGGCUGAGAACGAGGCAGAGGCAGCGGUGGCUGAGGCAGUAGAAGAGAUCUCCAACGGGCGGACGGUGCUCGAGAAGACGGCAGAUAUCUCCAUCAACUGGAGUGACCACGGGGAACAGAUUGCGCUGUCCCUAGGAGGCGCGCCGCUCUCGCCAUCUCCGAAGAAACCUGACGCUGCCCCAGUCACCUCCUCUCCCACUUCCGCAACCACCCCCACAUCUGCGCCCGGGCCCGUGCCCACGUCCACAUCCCAACCCCCGCAUAUGCUACUCUCUUCCUCCUCCCCCUCCUAA